AUGCCCUUUGCAUUUCAGACACGCCUGGGCAUUGCAGAAGACCAGGUUCAGACGUGGGUGUCAACGUCACUGGCUAUAUAUGCUGCUGGAGUGAUAGUGGGGUCUCUCGUAGUUGGAGCCAUUUCAGAUAAGUUGGGACAACGACGAGCUUUCAUGAUAUCAGGGUUUGUAGUCAUGGAAGGUGCUACUUGUAUGCUCUGUUUUCCCAAGUCAUUGGCUUUGUAUAUGGUAGGACGUACUCUACAGGGCGUGUCGGCAGCCAUUGCCUGGGGCAUUGGGUUUGCCAUCAUCAGCGACUCUGCUGAGCCCGAUCAAGUGGCUCUACUUAUGAGUUAUCCUUCUAUGGGUCUUAGUUUAGGAAUAUUCUUGGGUCCUCUUUUAGGAGGUGUGAUGUACGAUCGAGCGGGUUACUACUCGGUGUUCUACCUCUGCUUCGGAGUGUUCGGACUUGACAUUUUAGUCAGAUUUUUGAUGACAGAAAAGAGUACUUUAGAACAGAAACUGAAAAAGUACGAAUUAUACGAAAAGAAACGACAAGAAGCAUUUGGUGAAAUUAUGAUGACUACGACAAGCCAUAGCGGAAGCAUAAAUCCAGGCCAUGCAUCACAAUCCGAAUCAACUAUGUCUUCAGACUCAACAAUAGAACAAUCUGAAGAAGAGGAACGACAAAAUUUUUCGUUGCGUCAUUCAUUCCGCAAAAUGACGCUGAUUCAACUGCUGCAGUCACCUCGAGUUCUAAAUAACCUGUUCCUGACAUUUAUCCUAGUGUGGUUUUCGGGUAAUUUGGAUGCCACUAUGACGAUCCAUCUUGCCGAUAUAUUCAAUUUCAACUCGCUUUACUCGGGUCUGAUGUUUCUGGCCAUUGUAGCUCCCAUGGUUCUCGAGCCAGUAUGUGGAUAUGUCAGUGACAAGUACGGAGGCCGGUAUCUAGUGACGGCGGGAUUUAUUUGGAUUUGUCCAUCUUUGAUGCUCAUGUGGAUUCCACACGAGAACACCACAGGCCAUAUUGUCAUGUUCAUAGCAUUUUUGGUCAUGGUAGGAAUCGGGUUCACUCUAGUAUUCACGCCAUUAAUGGCCGAGAUGACUAACGCCGUCAACGAGAUCGACCGAGCCAAUCCCGGCACCCUCGGUGGAGGAAAGGGAUUCGCUCAAGCGUACGGACUCGUCAACAUCGCCUCAUCCCUCGGACAAAUCGUCGGACCCUACCAAGGAGGAGCCGUCAUGAGUCGCUAUGGCUGGGGCAUCAACGUGCUAAUCAUGGGUCUCCUUGCGCUAGUAGCUGCCGUCCCCGGGUUCCUCCUUACCGGCGGCAAAGAGCCACCCUCCCACAGCUCUAAUUCACUAACUCCAGAAAACUCCGACCCCCAAAUCCCACUCCAAUCAGAAUCUAUAGACGACUGA